AUGGUCCAUGGAGUGUCAAGUGUGCAUCACUACAAUACAUCACCUACUGCCUCCCCUACACACUUUGGAUAUGCUUUACCACAAAAAUCUAGGUCGUCAAGCUCUGGAUUUUCUAUUCCCAAUGUUCCUGCAAAUUGUCAAUCUUCAUACAACUCUGGUGUACUUAGUCCUACAUUUGGUGUUCCUUCAGCUCCUGAUCCUAGAUAUGUGUUGAAUAAUUGUAUUGGUAAUGAUAUCCUUGCUGGAACAAUUUCCCAAACACCCCAAGUUGCCAAGAAACAAACCGUUCUCUGUGAUGUCACGAACCAAAGCAAUGGGUCUCAAAUUGGUUCACAGAGCUCUGCUUCCUUGUCAACCCUAUGUUUCAGAACUUCUUCUCCUCCUGCAAGCUAUAAUCCAAGCCAAGCAAGUAGUGCUUCAGUUUCUUUUGCAUCGUCUGCAAAACAGGAACCAAAGCUUUUUGAUGAGUUUGAUCCAUGUGGUUCUGUUUCGGGUGGUCCUUUUGGUUCUGUUUCAGCUACCCCAACUACUUCAAACAAUGCUGUGCUGGACUUACUUAGUUCCCUGUUAUUGGCCUUUGUGCCAAGUACAUCUACUACUACUAAAUCUGAAGUUGAUGGCCUUGUAAGUACUCCUUCAGUGACUACAUUUAUAGCAACUUCUCCAAAUACUACUAUGUUGAACUGUAAGCAAGCUUCCCGACCUAUAGAUGGAGCUAUGGCGAUCACUUCCCCUCAUUCCUCCGGGUUGACACAAGUAUUUUAG